AUGUCUGAGUAUCGCUACGAGGCCUCCUUCAAGGGCGGCGGCGGCGGGCACCAGAAGCAGCAGCAGCACGAGCAUACCGAGCAGCACGAGCACAAGGCAGAGCAGCCUUUCGAUACGACCGCAGAGCACCCGAACGAAUCGAUUAUCAAGCAGACCAAGCAGCAGCAUGAGCAGAGCGACCACCCAAAGGGCGCAAACAAGCGGGCGUAUAUCACUCUUGUGACGCGUGCUUCUUACCUUGCCGGCGUUGUGAUUCUCGCCCACACCUUGGAGAUGCGCGGCUCCAAGUACCCGCUCAUCGUGCUCUACACCGAUUCCCUAACCGACGCAGCACUUCUCGCCCUCGAUAUCGAGGCGAAGAAAUCGAACCUAAUUCUCAAGAAGUGCGAAUUGCUCAUCCCAGGCGAGCAACACGACCUGGACAUCGCAGUCCCGCGGUUCGAGGACACCUGGACCAAAAUUCGUGUGUUCGAGCAGUUCGAGGACGGCUUCGAGACGCUCUGCUAUCUCGACGCGGACAUGAUCGUGUUCAAGGAUAUGGACACGGUCUUCGACGGCGCCAGUGAGCUGCCGAAAGACCACAUCCGCGCAGUCCACGACUGCAUCUGCAGUCCGGAUAGAGAGGAAUGGACGCCAGACCAUCACUGCCCAGAGAACUGCCCAUUCAAUUCAGCGGCCUACCCAGGAGAUCUGAUGACGUUCAACAAGGAGCACCUCCAGCGGAUCUGUCGCGUCUUCAACAGCGGCAUGUUCGUCUUCCAUCCAAACAAGGCGCUCUGGGAGGACAUCCUCGACUACUUCACCACGAACCCCUUCCUCGGCAUGUUCAAAUUCCCCGACCAGGAUUUCCUAAUCAGCUACUUCACGGACAAGUGGGCCGGACUUCUGUGGACGUACAAUGCCGUGAAGACCAUGGCCUACCGCCAUGAGAAGUUGUGGGACAAGAACGAGAUUGUCUGCCUCCACUACAUCGUCGACAAGCCGUGGGCGAAGCGCAUCGGACCGGAUGGCGUUGCAGGCUUCAAGGGCAAGGACGGAGAGACUCAUAGCUGGUGGUGGGACGAGUAUGAGGCUUGGGUAAGGCCAUCUCUUUCCUUCUUCCCCUGUCACGUCCGCGCUGACCAUUCUCGAAAUUUGCAGUCCAGCCUCCGUCAAGAGCAGGGUGCGUUCGAAGUCGUCUCCAUCAUGAGCAAGCACGUGGCGAGACGCGACAGCGAGAGCAGCGAUCCUGGACGUCCAGAUAUGGGUGUCAUCGGAACGAACGUUCAUGAGACGGAGGAGAAUGAUGAUACGGGCAGGCCAAGAGUCCAGUACGUCGACAAGGGCACGUGCACCGAUGAAGUCAAGUACGUCGACAAGGGCACGUGCACGGAUGAGGACUUCUUGUCCGACUCGGUUGACUCGCGUAACUCGGGUGACUCUCAAGGCUAUGAGUACGACGCCGACAGGAGCACGGAUCCGAACGAAUACGACGAGGAGGAAGAGGACUAUAACGAGAGUGCGGAGGACGACUACGACGAGGACGAGGAGGAGGAGACGCCAUCCGACGAGGGUGGAGACAUGGAGGCUGGCAAGGCCACGGGCGUUGACGAGGAUGGAGGCUCGGAUGUGGACACCGGCGACUCUGGCGACAGCGGUGGAGUCCCGCUCCCAAAGAGCACCGAGAAGGAGAAGGACGGUGGCGAGGACGGCACCGAUUCCGACGUUUGA